UCUAAAUGAAUUACAACAAGCCGAUAGGCGAUAAACAAGACGUUGGAAAUUAAAUAUUAUUCGACAAAUAAAUGUUAAACCUAUUUCAAUUAUUAAGCAGAGAAGAGAUGGAGCGAUAGAACCUGCUUUAAUCCGAAUAUUAAAGUAAUGGGAGACACGAAAAACCAAGUCUCACUUCGGCCAUUCGCCCACCAAGUCGGAGGCCAUUCGAACUUUCAACAGUUCGACAAUCAUACUGUAUGUAAGCCGUUGUUCUCAAAGGAAUUGAAGUUUUAUCAAGAAAUUCCUUCAGCAUUGAAACCGUUCAUCCCCCAAUUUAAAGGUGUGGUUACAGCGGAAAUAAAAGAAGACUAUGAAGGGGAACCUAGUCUAAUAAUUCAUCCAAAUGGCCCUGUCCAUUUUGUAAGUGAUGAUAUUUCAAAGGACCUUUCUGGAUCAGAUGAUGACAUUCAGAAUCCAUGUGAUGUUGAUGAAGAAAAAGAUCGUCCACAUUUACGUGGUCCAACUUCAUCUUGUCAUUCCCAGCGUCAAUUUCUGAUUCUUGAAAAUGUCAUUUCUCGGUAUCAUUCUCCUUCGAUUCUUGAUCUUAAAAUGGGAACUCAGAUCCACAGCGACUCGAAGACAAGCGAGGAGGAAAUGAAACGGAGGAGAAGCAAGUGGGAAAAAACUACCGCGAGAACCCUCGGUGUUCGUUUAGGUGGGAUGAAGGUAUAUCACGUUGACUGUGGAAAGUGUUUUUACAUGAACAACAAUGAUGGUAGGAAGCUGUCGGAACAUGGUUUCGAGAAAGCCUUGAGGAUGUUUUUCGAUAAUGGCGAGACGUUUCGCUGCGCGCUUAUUAGUUGCUUCAUCCAAAAACUUAAAAACGUCUUGGACGUCAUGGAGAAGGACUUGUGCUCGUAUCGUUUCUACAACAGCUCGCUGCUGCUCGUUUACGAGGGUGAGGUAGCUGGGUACUCGAAACGUAACGAAUCGGAUUGUUUCACGAACACCUCGAACCACCAUUCCACGCACGACACGUCUUUGGAACAGUGCACGUGCGAAUGCACUAGCGAACAGUUGGACAUUCGCAUGAUCGAUUUUCAGCACGUGUCACGCGACGACAGUCACGCGGACAAGUCGUGCUGCGUCACGUGUCCGGAUAAAGGGUACAUAUUUGGGCUUAAGUCUCUCAUCAGAAUAUUGCGCAAAAUCCAGAACGAUCACCAUCGUGGAAGGAAAGAAAGUUUGACGGAUGGUUCUGGGAAGGAUGCGUCGUAAGUUGUUUCGAGUGCGCUACUUUCAGAAGAGUGCUUCAAGGGCGUCAAGUCCGUGAGAUAGUGGGUACAUACCAACACGCUGUGAAAUUACUGGUAUAAUGGUUCCUUUGGCCUGGACUCGUCAUUGAUAUUCAUAAGAGGAGGACCACAGGGCAACCUGUCCGUCGUCUGAAUGCCGGUCUACUCUUGCAAAUUUUACCUGCGAUUUUCGGUGUGAUUUUAUUCUUUUUAAUGAUGUUUUGUGAGUCAGUAGUUAUGGAUUGUCCGAUGUGUAAGGAACAUCCGUCGUAACUUAUCUACUGAGUUACAUCUAUAUUGAAAGACGAAAAUUGCAUCUAAAAUCGCAGCUAAAAUUGUUUAUCUCAGUUAAGAGGACGUGAUGAAUUUUAAUUUCUCUAAAAGCCAACUCUUCAUACCUAAGGUAAGAGGCUGGAAUUACAUUCAGCGCAAUUGUUAAUUGUAUAAUGAACAGAGAAAAACUCUUGUGAAUCGAAACAUUUCGUCCAUAUUGUUAUACGGUCUUUCCAUUUAUCGUUUUAUGGAGACGAUACUGAACAGCCGCCGGUUGUGUGAGAUUUGAAUAGUGAUCUGCGUAGCACAGGAAAAGUAUUUACACAUUUUUUUACACUGAAAUUGCACGUUAGUAGUUGUAUAUGUUAUAUGUAUAUAGUUAUAUAACCGAAGUAGUGUAACUGGAAGUAAACCUUCGAAUUCUUAAGAACAAAGUGUAGUUUACCCGUAUAAACACUUGGUCCCCCUUGUAGUUUUUCUUCGCUUUUCAAGCCUUCACACAACCGGCGUCAAAGAUAUAUAAGAUUCGCGUGCACCAGCAUCUGCACCACUACCAUAUUUCAAAUAUGCAAUCAAACAUUAUUGCUUAAUUUCAUUAAAUAUUUUGGGAGAAAACCCAAAGAAAUCAAUGGUGUAUAUUGUUGGAAUAGCAAGAUAACGUUGGUGUUCAUGGCCUGAAGAUCUAUGUGAAUAAUUAAUUUCCUGAGUAA